AUGGAGAAGGUGAACAUCGAACCUUGUGUGAAGAUGGACACCCAAACCCUUGACCUUCUCAAGAUAAGAGAUGAUGUCACAUGGUACAUAAGGAAGCUAGGCUUGAGCAAGCUCUUCAAGCUAGAGUGUAGUGAGUACUCACAACUCACCAAGGAGUUCCUCUCCACAGUAGCUCUUGCCUUUCCCAACCACAAUGGAGACCAACCAGCUGGUGAUGGACUCCUACUCUUCAAGAUAGGCGAUGCCAAUGGGCGCAUCUCCAUCUCAGCUCUAUGCCAACUCUUUGGACUUCCCAAUGAGACAGCACAUGACUUCAAGGAGAACUCAAAGAGGAAACAAGCUGCCUUUGCUGAUUGGACACACUUUGCCAAUGAACCAUUCUUGCCUUCAAGAUCAAAGGUGUCUAGAAUCACUCAUCCAGCCAUUCGCUAUGUGCACCGCCUCAUCUCCACCACUUUCCAAUGCAAACAAGAAGCCAACAAGGUCACAACUGAUGAGUUCUACAUCCUCACCACACCAUUCAUCAAGCAUGAGUACAAGGCCAACCUUGGCUUUUACUUGCCAAGACAUUCAUCAAUGUGA